AUGGAUACUAUAGAUACAUUGAAAAUAACAUUUCUUGAAUUCAUAAACAAACUCAAUCCAUUAUUGCCAGAAUAAUUAUUAUCUAUUGUUUCAGAAUUCAAAGAAUAACUCUAUUCAAAAACACCUACAGAUUUAUAUAAUUUUGUUUAGCAAAUCCCUGAACUAAAGAAAAGUGAUUCCUCUUCAUCUAAUAUAUCCCCUGAACCACUACUAAAUAAGGUAGCAUCUCAUGGUUAUAAUCCACUUUCUAUAUGUUCAUAAAAGGAUUCAGAUGAUAAAAGUUAAACUUCAUAUUCAGCUGAAAAAUAUUAAUAAUUGAAAAUAGGUAGUGAUUAAAUCUAAUUUAGAAAUCAAUAAAAAUUUCUUUCUUAAACCUACAACAAAAUUCAAUACAAAUACAUAAAAUAAAAUUUCCAAACAUGUAGACAUAGAAGCUAAAGUAUAAAGAGAGAAUAUUAAAUGUAAAAACUAUAUAUCAUUAAUAGCUGUGGACACAUUAAGAGAAAUGCCUACAAUAAAAAGAAUCUCUUUUGCUGAAAGAACUGGUUUAUUAAAUUAAAUUUCUGAAUCAUUGCAUCAAUUUAAAAAGGAUUGUAUUACUAUAAAUACUGUUUAUGAGAAAAGUUCUGAAAUCAGCACUCCUUAAACACCUAAUGAUAUGAGAGUUGGUCAAUAAUAAUACUUUUAUGUAAAAAUAAUUAAUUUAAUUUUAGUAUUAACAAUUUCCAUAGUAACCAGUAUGUUAAUUCAAAGGAUAUAGUGUUUAUUCAAAGAGAGGUUUCAUGUAACCAAUUCAAUUUGAUAUGCAAUUCUAAUUAAUGCAGUAGUAAUUUUAAAAUCAAUUAAUUUAUAAGAAAUUAUACUUUUGA